CCUCGGCCUCUGAGGCAGAGAUCACAGGGUAACUGAGUGCUGCAGGGAUCCUCAUAGCUGUAGUUUUAUUCUCCCUUUCAAACUGAGCAUAAAAGACGUUCAGCUCAUCUGGAUGUGAAGCUUCACAACAAUUCAUUGUGUUGGGUUUCACUUUGUAGGAAUUACUGGCCUGCAAACUCUGCCAGAGUUGACAUGCAUCCGAUGUCGCCUCCAACCUCACUCAGAAUUGUUUCUUAGGUCUUGACAUAGCCAUUCGCAAGUCACACCCGAUUUUCUUGGACGGACUUGGGUCGCCAGAUUUAAAUGCCACAGAUCUAUCACUCAGCUGGCUACGAAAACCUCCUUGUUCAUGAACGGCUUUUGAUUUGGGAUAGCCAUUUCAGUGAUUUUGUGGACACUCUGACAGAGUUUGAAACCAGGAAUGUUCUGGCAACUCCAAUAAUGAACGGAAAAGAUGUAGUCGCUGUUGUAAUGGCUAUAAACAAAGUAGAUAGCCCGCAUUUCACCACAAAAGAUGAAGAAAUUUUGUUAAAGUACCUCAAUUUUCUCAAUUUAACACUCAAGAUUUAUCAUCUGAAUUAUCUCCAUAAUUGUGAAACCAGGAAAGGGCAGGUACUUUUAUGGUCUGCGAGCAAAGUAUUUGAAGAACUAACUGAUAUUGAACGACAGUUUCACAAAGCCCUUUACACUGUGCGCGGCUUUUUGAACUGUGAUAGAUACUCUGUUGCACUGCUAGACAUGACGAAAGAAAAGGAGUUUUUUGAUCUCUGGCCAGUACAAAUGGGUGAAGUACCAGCGUAUAAUGGUCCAAGAACUCCCGAUGGAAGGGAAAUAAACUUCUACAAAAUAAUUGAUUACAUCCUUCAUGGAAAAGAAGAAAUUAAAGUCAUCCCGAACCCUCCUGCAGAUCAUUGGGCCCUGGUUAGUGGAUUGCCGUCAUAUGUUGCUGAAACUAGUCUUAUAUGCAAUAUUAUGAAUGCAGCUGCAGGUGAAUUCUUUGAGUUUCAGAAAGAGCCACUUGAUAACUUGGGAUGGACUAUUAAGAAUGUGCUGUCAAUGCCAAUAGUAAACAAGAAAGAGGAGAUUGUGGGAGUUGCCACAUUUUAUAACAGAAAGGAUGGAAAGCCAUUUGAUGACAUGGAUGAAACUCUGAUGGAAGCCUUGACACAGUUCCUUGGGUGGUCUGUUUUGAACACUGACACAUAUGACAAAAUGAACAAGCUAGAAAAUCGGAAAGACAUUGCUCAAGACAUGGUUAAUUAUCACGUUAAAUGCUCUAAAGAUGAAAUACAGGACAUAUUGAAAACUAGAGAAAACUAUGAGCGGGAACCAAAUGAAUGCGAUGAAGAAGAACUUCAAGCCUUAUUGAUUGAAGAACUUCCAGAUGCUGAAGAGGCAGAACUCUACGAAUUUCACUUUUGUGACUUUGAAUGGUCUCCAUUGGAUCUUGUGAAGUGUGGACUACAGAUGUAUUAUGAGCUUGGUGUGGUUGAUAAGUUCCAUGUACCUCGGGAGGUAUUAGUUCGUUUCAUGUAUUCACUGAGUAAAGGAUACAGAAAGAUCACCUAUCACAACUGGCGGCACGGCUUCAAUGUUGGACACACUAUGUUUGCACUUCUCACAACAGGAAAUCUAAAAUCCUACUACACAGAUCUAGAGGCAUUUGCCAUGGUGACAGCCGCAUUUUGCCACGAUAUUGAUCACCGAGGAACAAACAACCUCUAUCAAAUGAAGUCACAGGAUCCAUUGGCAAAACUUCACGGUUCAUCAAUUAUGGAGCGACAUCACUUGGAGUUCAGUAAAACUCUGCUCCAAGAUGAGGAUUUGAAUAUCUUUCAAAAUCUCAACAGAAGGCAAUAUGAACACGUACUCCAUCUGAUGGAGAUUGCGAUCAUUGCUACAGACUUGGCACUAUAUUUCAAAAAACGGACAAUGUUUCAAAAGAUAGUCGACCUGUCUGAAACAUACGAAAACAAUGAAGAAUGGGUACAAUUUAUGAUCCUGCAGACAACAAGGAAAGAGAUUAUUAUGGCCAUGAUGAUGACUGCAUGUGACCUGUCUGCCAUCACAAAACCAUGGGAAAUACAGAGCAAGGUAGCUCUUUCUGUGGCAGCUGAAUUCUGGGAACAGGGAGAUUUAGAACGGACUGUUUUAGAGCAACAACCAAUUCCUAUGAUGGACAGAAACAAAGCUGAUGAACUUCCAAAGCUUCAAGUCGGUUUCAUUGACUUUGUGUGCACUUUUGUGUACAAGGAAUUCACUAGGUUUCAUUCCGAAAUUGAGCCCAUGUACAGCGGCAUCCUGAACAACAGAAAGGAGUGGAAAGCACUGGCUGACGAACACGAGGCAAAAAUGAAAGCCAUUGAGGAAGAGAAAAAGCAGAAGGAAGAAGAACAAGCAGCAAAACAAGCAGCCAUUGCAUCACAAAAGGAACAAAGUUCUCAGUCUACAACGUGUCAUCUCUUGUAACGUGUGGCAGAAAGAAACCAUAAGCAAGCAUUUUGAAGUCUGCACGGGCACUUUGACAUUUGGAGAAACAAUCAACUGUUUCAAAACAAAUUGUAUCUCUGAAUAUGGGAGUUAAGAUGCAGUAAGCAUACCAGAUAUAGUUAAAAAGUAAUUAAUUAAAUAAGCCUCAUAGCACACAUAUAAAAAAUCAUUUUUAUAUUUGCUGCAAACAAAUUGUUAAUGAGUAAUUGUAUAAAG